GAACUCUUACUAGGUUACCAGUAAAAAACCAGCAGCGCGCCUCCUUCCUCCCCGUUAAGCUUCCUCCUCAUUCCUGUCUCUCGUUUUCAUUGUUGAGAUUUUCGAGCGAAGCUCCAAAACUCUUACAUCUAAAGGAAGAGCAAACCAUCUUCAAACUACAAAUUCCAUUUCUACUACCAAGGCGGUAGCAAACAUUUCGGUUAUUGUUUGGAUUCUCUGUUGGUUUUGGAGGUUACUGCGACCAUGGGAGAUAUCUCAGAUAGCAAGGGCAGCUCCAAGCUUCCGAUCGCCGGCAAGAGAAACAUACUGAUAACCAGCGCCUUGCCUUAUGUCAACAACGUUCCCCAUCUCGGCAACAUCAUCGGCUGUGUGUUGAGUGCAGAUGUGUUUGCUAGGUAUUGUCGUCUUCGAGGGUACAAUGCCAUAUAUAUUUGUGGGACUGAUGAAUAUGGGACAGCAACUGAGACGAAGGCCAUGGAAGAGAAUUGCACGCCUAAAGAGAUUUGCAACAAGUACCAUGCUAUUCACAGAGAUGUAUACAAAUGGUUCGAUAUAAGUUUUGAUGAAUUUGGACGAACUUCAACCCCACAGCAAACAGAAGUUUGCCAAGCAAUUUUCAAAAAAUUGUUGGAGAACAACUGGUUGUCAGAGAACACAAUGCAACAGCUUUACUGUUAUACAUGCAAGAAAUUCUUAGCUGACCGACUUGUGGAGGGCACAUGUCCAACUGAAGGGUGUAAUUAUGACUCUGCCCGAGGAGAUCAGUGUGAAAAUUGUGGGAAGCUUCUAAAUCCAACUGAAUUAAAAGAUCCUAGGUGCAAGGUUUUCUAUGUAUGGUUUGAUGCACCUAUUGGAUAUGUCUCUAUAACAUUGUGCUACACGUCUGAUUGGGAGAAGUGGUGGAAGAACCCUGAGAAUGUGGAGCUGUUUCAGUUUAUGGGAAAAGACAAUGUGCCAUUUCAUACUGUGAUGUUUCCAUCUACACUUCUUGGAACAGGUGAAAAUUGGACUUUGAUGAAGACCAUCAGUGUUACUGAAUAUCUGAAUUACGAAGCUGGAAAGUUCUCCAAGAGUAAAGGCAUAGGAGUGUUUGGUAAUGAUGCAAAGGAUACAGGCAUUCCUGUCGAAGUAUGGAGAUAUUAUUUGCUAACCAAUAGGCCUGAGGUUUCCGAUACAUUAUUUACAUGGGCUGAUUUGCAAGCAAAACUGAACAGCGAGUUGCUAAAUAAUCUCGGCAACUUUAUUAAUCGAGUUUUGAGUUUUAUCGCCAAAUCUUCAGGUCAAGGUUAUGGUUCUGUUAUCCCUGAUGCUCCUGGUGCUGAAUCACACCCUUCCACAUGUAAAUUGGCUGAAAAAGUUGGCAAACAUGUGGAGCAAUAUGUAGAAGCUAUGGAGAAGGUUAAGCUAAAGCAAGGACUGAAGACUGCAAUGAGCAUUUCAAGUGAAGGGAAUGCAUAUCUGCAAGAUAGCCAAUUUUGGAAGCUUUACAAGGAGGAUCGCCCUUCAUGUGAUAUUGUUAUGAGAACGUCAGCAGGACUAGUGCAUCUUCUGGCAUGUUUAUUAGAACCUUUUAUGCCAUCUUUUUCUCUGGAGGUAUUUAAGCAGCUGAAUUUGCCACCUCAAUUUUCACUUUGUGAUGACAAAGGAGAGUUGGAUAAGGCAAGAAAGCCAUGGGAGAUCCUACUUGCUGGACAUAAAAUUGGGAAACCUGAACCGCUCUUUAAGGAACUGAAAAAUGAGGAAGUGGAGAAGUGGAGAAAUAAGUUUGCUGGAAGUCAAGCUGAUAGGCUGGUUAGGGCCGAAGCAGAGGCAGCAGAUCUUGCUGAGCAACUGAAGAAAACCAAAGUUUCAGAUGGCAAGAAACAGCGGCCAACUAAAUCUGCCGCUGAAGCGAAACCUAAGGCCAGUGCUGAAUCAGAGAUUUCCAUUACCAGACUUGAUAUUCGAGUUGGGAAAAUUGUGAAAGCCCAGAAGCAUCCUGAUGCUGAUUCCCUAUAUCUAGAAGAGAUUGAUGUCGGUGAAGCACAAACUCGGACGGUCGUUAGUGGACUUGUCAAGUAUAUACCACUUGAAGAGAUGCAGAACCGUCUGGUCUGUGUUCUUUGCAAUCUAAAGCCAGCAACCAUGAGGGGUAUUAAAUCACAUGCGAUGGUGCUUGCUGCUUCCAACAGCGACCACACGAAGGUUGAGUUGGUUGAGCCACCGAAAUCUGCUAUCGUUGGAGAACGAGUAACUUUUCCAGGGUUUGAAGGUGAUCCUGAUGAUGUCUUAAACCCUAAGAAGAAGGUGUGGGAGACACUUCAAGUGGAUAUGCAAACAAACGCUGAUCUAGUGGCCUGCUACAAAGAUAUUCCACUAACCACAUCGGCAGGUGUUUGCAAGGUUCCUUCCAUCAGCUGUGGUUGUAUCAAGUAGAUGCCCUCAAUUUUUUCUAUUCCCGAGUUUUGACUACUUUCCUCUUGUUUUCUUAACUUAUAGAUUAUUGUAAAGAAUUUUUUACUUAAUGAAAUUUGUAAAACACAAGUUGUAAGGAAACUGAUUUGUUGUUCUGACAUCCAUUUUACUGCAUAGUGAUGAUCAACGCCAUUCAGUCACCGUUUUUAACAUGAUCUUUAGACUAUUUUAAGUGAAAA